GGUCUCCCUCCCUCCCCCCCGCAUCGCACUCGCACCCCACAACAAACGCGCCCCCACCUUCCCCUUCCUUCUCGAACUCUGCCCCGGUCCCCGUCGCGGAUCGCACCACCAUGGCCGGCGCCGGGCUCGCCGUCUCCGUCCCCAUCGCCGCCCCCCCGCUCGCCCGUGCCUCCGCGUCGGCCUACACCGCGCGCCGCGUCUGCGCGAUCCCUUCCUCCUGCUCCUCCAGCAGCAGCUUCAGAUCCUCGCCGCUCCGCGCGACCACCGGCCUGCCCGGGAACCGACGGGCCGCCCGGCGUGGCGCGUCCGUAGCGUGCGCCGUCCACGGCCAGGACACGACCAUCGAAGUCCCAGAGGUGACAAAGGCAACAUGGCAAUCUCUUGUGAUGGAAAGUGAGCUUCCUGUCCUUGUUGAGUUCUGGGCUUCGUGGUGCGGGCCAUGCAAGAUGAUAGAUCCAGUUGUUGGCAAGCUCUCAAAGGACUACGAGGGGAAGCUGAAGUGCUACAAGCUCAACACAGAUGAGAGCCCAGACAUAGCAAGCCAGUACGGGGUGCGGAGCAUCCCCACCAUGAUGAUAUUCAAGAACGGCGAGAAGAAGGACUCGGUGAUCGGGGCUGUCCCUGAGAGCACGCUGACCGCAUGCAUCGAGAAAUUCGUUGAGAAGUAAAAUGCCCAACGGGUCUCUUGAACACGGCUGCCUUUCAGAAAACUGUGUUCAGAUCACUGGACCCAUACGCAGACCAGGUUUAUAUAGUACCUGGUUGUAGAUAUCGGAAUCACAUUCGAUUAUUGUUUGAGGAAAGCGGCAUGGCAUGGGUUGCUGUCCGCCCUAGCCUGGCUUUAUUCUCCCGAUCUUUGCUGGCUCCGAAAUGUGUGACAUGGACGGCCAAGAACCACAUUCUAUUCUUAUUAGAAUGAUGUACAUCUUUCCUAUUGAUCAUUUCCACAUAAUUCAA